GAUGGCAUGUGGUUCUUACGCUGCGCAUCCUGACACAUGCGCAAUGAAAAUGGUGAUGUUGUGCUCAAGGGAAGGAUUCUUCCCAGCACUGAUCUGUGGAGGCACUGAGGUGAGUAGCUCCGAAAUCAAAGAGAUGGUUUGUCUUGGGGACAUGCCCCGGACUCCAUUGGAGGAUCGCGCUGCAUGUUUGGCAACACCGAAGGAGUUGCCUACGGACUUUCCGAUGUACGUGGUUCCAAUGGAGGCCGUCUUGAAGAUGACGGAAGUAAGGCCCCACCAGGAGUUGUUGCAUGAGGGCUUGCUCGAAGCCUUUGAUCCUGCUCAUGGCAAGGCGAUGUUCAUCUCUCAUGAGUGGACCGCAGAACAACACCCAGACCCGGACGGGAAACAGCUGAAAAUCUUCCAACAGGCUAUGUCCAAUCUCCUGUCAGGCAGCACUGUUGCUCAGCCAAAUGUUUGGACGGAGUUCGUCUUCAGAAUCGCAGGCGGAUCAGCUCAAGGCUUCAAAGCUUCCCAGUUGACUGCCACUCCGAUCUCGGUUUGGUACGACUACUUCUGCAUCCCGCAAUAUGCCAUCGAGGCUCGAAGCCGAUCAGUAAGUGCAAACCAGUUUCAGGAUCAGAGGAAUGCGAUUGCCAGCAUCCCUGCCUACAUCGACAAGUGUGACUUCUUUGUAGCUCUUUGUCCGCUGAUGGCACAUGAAAGUCGAUCGUUUUUGAGCACUGAGUCAUGGCAACAGAGGGGCUGGUGCAGAGCGGAAGCUGCGGCGCGGGACCUUUCUGUCAGCAACGGCUUGACAUUGAUCAUAGAGAGCCCGCGGCAGGUGUCCCUGGCUGCCGGAUAUUCCAUCUCGAAAUCGCCGGGUGAUGGCGAAUUCACCAUACCCAGAGACCGAAAAGUGGUAGGAGAGUUGGUGAAGGCAGUGGUGCAGAAGCAGUUGCACACCUCACUGAGAAAGCGGGAUUUUCCCAGGUACCGUUUUCUUUUGCAUCACCAGUCCGUCCUUAUGAGGAACACUGACACCCUACCUGCCGGGUUCGAAGAAGGUCUCGGCUAUGCAGCUUCGUCCCCCCAGCAGAUUGUCAAGGACUUCCUUCAGCAGAAUGGUUUUGAGAAGAUUUCGGAUCGUGACAGAGCUGGGUGGUCGCCGUUGCUGUACGCCGCUUUGGGUGGAAAACCCGAGGUGAUUGAAGCUUUGCUGUUGCAGGGUGCAGAUCCCAACGACUACAUCCGGAAGGUGCAAAACCUGGUGAUGUUUGUCAACGGGACUCCAGCAGUAUCCAUCUGCGCAGGGCAACAACACAACGAGGCAAUGCGAGUUCUGCUUCGUUUCGGAGCAGAUCCCAACAAACAAGACCCCGGGGGCAGCACUCCAUUGUUCUACGUGUCCAAUUCCGACAACGCGGAAGGAGCCAAAAUUCUCAUUGAGGCCGGUGCGGAUCCAACAUUGACGAGCAUUUUUGACACCAAUGCCUUUGAUCAAGCCUGCACCAUGGGAGCCACCAAGGUCCUCAAGGACGUACUGAAACUUCCCCCUCAUGCUGCUUCGCAGAGGGAAGCGAUUGGCUUUGCCACCUCAGUUGGGCAUGGAAGCCCUGAAACGAUUUCCGUGUUGCUCCAAAUGGGUUGUGACAAGGAUGGAGUGGUGCAAAAAAGAAACACUUUGUCGAAGUUGGUGUUCACUGCCUUUGAGCUCAAGCACAGAGUGGCUCCGACGUCUAUGACGACCCUGGCGUAUCAUGAAACCAACGCGACCCCCUUGAUGCGGAGCAUCUUGAGUGGUUGCUACAGCUGUGCGCAUAUGCUCCUCCAAAACGGUGCUCGGGUGGAUGUGCGCAACAGCAGAAAUCAGACAGCCUUCGAUUUAGCCGUCAAAAAGCAUGUACCAGACUCCCUGCUUUGGGCGUUGUGGAGGCGCGGUGCUGGGGACUACGCUUCCAAGGUGUCCAUUGCUUGGUGGAGUUCCAAUGCGCCCGACAGGUUUCCUGUGACCAUGGAAGAUAUUGAGCAUCCGGAGAGCAUUUCGAAUGUUUCAACCUCUAUUUUUGAGAUUUCUCAAGACUUGGAGAGUUUUGAUGAUCCUAUGGUUUCAGUCUGCUUCUGAAGAGCGCAGUGAUCAUCACGAGCACCACCACGGAACGGGGCCCGUUGGAACCCCCCACGCAGAUCCCAACAGCUUCACACAACAGCUUCACCGCCGGGGUUGUCGUGGUGUCUUGAUGUUGGGCAUGGCAUGGGCCACGAUCCCGCUGCUAAUGGCAGUGAAUCAGGCCAUGGUUUCAUGGUUCAGCCAAAUGUUCUCCAGAUCUUUGACGCUUUGGACCUUGAAUAUCCACGGUGGGUCAUCUUUUUUGCUGCUAGUUGCAUGCCGGACUCUUAUCGGAUGAAGGCAGAGGGGAA